AUGCGGCAUCAGCAGCGGAAGCAUAGAUGGGCGACGGGGGAUCGAGUUGUGGGAAAUGGAUACAUCCGAUUUUGGUAUUUGAUAGAAAUAGUAACUGUAUGGGGUUACGAUGGUGAAGCUAGCAUUAUGGUGGAACCCUAUCAGUGUCUAUUCCUCAAGCUUUUAUCAUUGCGCAAACCCAUUGAGAUGCCGAGCAAGACACAGCUGGUCUAUGGAAACUUGGCGGGGAAUGUGAGAAUCGACUUAUCGCUCUACUUUCGGCCCGUGGAAUUCGCAGAGGCAACCAUAGGUGCUGAUAGGCUGUUGUGGUAUGUUGCGGGUGAGGAGCUUAUUAGGCUGAUUGGCGUAGGCAGAUAUCGAUUACGGAUGCUGGUGAGAGCGUUAACUUUUCGUAUCGUGGCUACGAGUGAGGGGCUGAAGGAGACUGGAGUUGAUGAUGAUGGGGAGCGUGAGAGUUUUGAGAAGGCGCUUUAUAUCUACCCCAUCAAGUCCCUCCGUGGCACUCCGAUCUCUCACUCCCGCAUAACCCGCCACGGCCUUGCCUACGACCGCCGCUUCAUGCUUCUCAAGGUAGAGCAUGAUAAAACCUUGAGGAACAUGCAAAUCAGCAAAUUCAACGAGAUGUCUCUGUUCAGGACAGACGUCUUAUUUCCCAGGAAGUCUGCUGAAGGGGCCACUACUGAGGAAGGUAAAAUUGUGGUCAAGUAUCAAGCUCCUGUUGGGCAUCCUGAUCGGGAUGUUGUCAAGGAAUUGGAGAUUCCCCUCGAGCCCGCAGAUGUCGAGGGGCUGAGGAUUGUGGAGGUGGAUAUGUAUUCAAGCGCGUGCAAGGCUUACGAUAUGGGCAAAGAGUAUUCCAACUGGUUCUCUGGGUGUUUUGGGUACGAGGUCAUCCUGCUGUAUUUGGGUGAGAAUCGGAGAUUGGUUCUGGGGGAUCUCCCGCCAAAUGCCGCAGCAAAGGGGAGGACUACAGCUGAAUCUCAAUCUCCAUCAAAUAAACGAGGCGGUUGGAUGUCCAGCAUCACAGAAGCUUUACCAUUUUUUGACUACGACACUUCAUCUUCUACUGGAAACAGCGGCGAUGACGACGAAUGGAUCACCUUUGCAGAUAUAGCAGCCUACCUCAUCGUUUCAGAAACGUCCCUUCAAGAUGUAUCUAGUCGCCUCCCAGAAUGUGAGGCGAUGGACAUCUCUAAAUUCCGUGCAAACAUCGUCCUCUCCGGAGCGGCGGAGCCGUACGAAGAGGACUUUUGGGGAGAAGUCACAGUCAAAGACGAUAUAAAAUUUACCCUAACAUCAAAUUGCGCGAGGUGUCGGAGUAUCAAUGUCGACUAUAACACGGGAGCACAAGGCAUCGGUGAGUCGGGAGCCGUGCUGAAGAAAUUGAUGAAGGAUAGAAGGGUCGAUAAGGGCUCUAAACAGCGCCCCGUCUUCGGGAGAUACGGGUUUAUCGAUAAGGCUUCCGGGGGUGCGUAUAUAAAAGUUGGUGAUGAGGCGGUUGUGUCAACAAGGAAUAAAAAGCACACAGUUUUUUACUGGCCAAAACUGACGAGCUGA